AUGCUGUCCUCACUUACCCCAGCGACCGCGCCAUACCAAGCGAUUGGAACCCCUAAAAGGCGGACUGAAUACUUGCUUAAGCGAAAGCCAUGCCCUCUGGUAACUCUGCCACUGGAAAAGGCAACAGCUUCUACACAUCUAAAUGCGUCUCGCAACGGUCGAACUCCCGUCUCCACCCACCGCGCCGAAUGGUAG